AUGCGAAAGCAGAAUAUUUAUAAUGGGAAGUUUACUGUGAACCAUGAAAUGAGAGAACAAGAAAGGAAAUUCAUGCUUGAGAGAGAACUUGGCUUCUCCAGAGUAGAAAAGGAGAAGGAGAAUGAGUGUUUGCAGGAGAACAUGGGCCUGAAGAGCAGCCUGGAAGGCUUUCAGGAGGAGGGGACACGUGGAGUGCGUGAUUCUCAGGAUUUUCAGAAGAGUGAGCAGAUCUGCAUUCUGGUGCAAAGGAUGGGGAACUGCCUCCAAACCUGCAGAUCCAGUGACCCCUCGGACACCGAGUCUCAGUCCAGUCAGCUUUCAUCUGAGACGGUCCCAAGCCCGGACCAGUUGCUCCUGAGAGACCUGCCAGCAGCCCAGCGGAGUCCGGCAGAUUUAGAUCGAGCCCAGCGACUCAGGUGCCGGCGCUGUCUUCCCGUUGGCGUCUACGUGAGCGGAGAAGCUGCAGCGGGAAGGACCCGGGACUGUGCCAUCUGUUUGCUGGACUUUGUGGACGGAGACCACAUUCGGACUCUGCCCUGCAAGCACUUCUUCCACCUGGACUGCAUCGGGAAAUGGCUGAUGACAUCCUCCACGUGUCCCUGCUGCAGGCUGUCUGUGUAG